AUGAAACGCAGUGCUCACACGGUAAAUUCUUCGUUAACCGAAACUACCAAUAACAGUUCCCCCAAACGUUCGUGUACCCCACGAAAUAAACUUUUUGUCGCCAGUAAUUCAACCAGUUCUUGUUCUCCGCCGUCCAAUGAUAUGCUAACGAUGGAAGAUCAUAUACAGUCAUUAAUAUCGAUGGGAUUCAUUGACAGAGAUUUAAAUCGUAAAGCAUUAAUUAAAGCCAACAAUGAUAUAAGCGAAGCUGUUACUAUUCUAACAAGUUCAAAUUACUAUGAUGAUGAUCUUCUAAUACCAACUGAAACGAUGGCGCCAACAUUCAUAGGACCACUUACUAAAGAACAGCUCGAACACCAACAAACAGUUCCUUCCAAUAAUAAUAAUAAUAACUCGAAUGAUUCAAAUUCCGCAGCUUCAGAUGAAUAUUCCACGAAUAACUUUAAUUCAUUUACAACUAAUGCUUUUCUUGAUCUUGAAACUAAAGUCUAUGGUGAUAACUGGUCAAUUCCUUACAAACGUGAAGAAGCUCUUGGUCAAUGUCUUCUGUCAGCAACAAAACUUGCUCUUGCCGGUACUGCCGAUCAAGAUAGACAUUGUGUUAAAUUCAUGGAAGAAUUAAUUCCGGAGGCUUUUCGAAAAUUACAAUGUUCUCAUCCUGUUAAUAACUGGGGAUUCGAAAUUCAAUCCGGUGUAUUUGAUAUGGUUGAAUUAUUGAUAGAUUUAAUCGCUGCACGUUUAUCGUAUCCGCCUGUACCAGUUAAAUUACUCGAAACAUUAUCAAUAUUAUUCGAUCAUGAUUCUGUUUUUCAACGAAAAAAUAAAACGAAAGCAUAUGAUCGUUCAUUGUAUGAUAAACAAUUAGAUGACCGCAUAUUAGCUAAUCCACCAUCAGCUUCGGCCUUUUCUGUUUAUAAUCGAAAUGAAACCUAUGGUUGGCUAUGCCAAAUAAUAAAUCGUUUCGUAUUAAAAGAUGGCAUCGUAAAUUUAAAAUCACAAUUUCAUAAUGAAAAAACAUUAACAGCUAUUGAACAUAAUGGUUUACUUUCGCCAUUUGUUAAUUGUAUGGAUUAUAUAUUCAUGGAUAAAUAUCGACAAUUAUUUAGUGAACACAUUGAACAAGCGUUAGAUUAUAUUAAGAAUUUAAAAGAACAAGAUUUUAAAGCUAAAUCGACAAACUCAAUAUUUGAAUUAUUAUCAACACUACGAAAAAUAUGCUCAGCUGUAUGGCCUAAUCGUAUUGAACAGAUCGAACAAUUGCAUCUUAAUUUAUUGCUUAAAAUGAUUGCAUUAUCGAAUUUUAAUUCAAAAAUGAAUUCAUUGAAAGAAUUAGCAAAGAUGAUUGAAAAUGCAACAUCGAAUAUACCCAGUAUGACGAAAGCAUCGAUUCGACGUGAGAUUAUCAGUGAAUGGAUUAUUGACAAUUCUAUACUUUCAAAAGCACUUGAAGGAAAUAUUGAUCAAAAUCAGUAUGUUGAAAAAGUUCGAACAUUAAUGGAUUUUAUUGCACCAAAAAUUCUAAAACAAGAUAUUACAACUAUAUGGAAAAUGCAGCAUGGACGUUCAUUAGUUGCUGUUGAUCAUUUAUUUACCAUCAUCGCAUCAGCAGCUGCGAAAUUUAAUUUGCAACAACUUAAUUAUCUAAUCGAAUUUAUUUGUAGCUCAUGGAAAACCGAAACAAUUCUUAUUCAAGAGAAACUUGUUGAGUUACUUGGCACCAUAGGAAGAGAAUGUCCAAAGGAAUCUGCUGCACGUGUUUUAGAAAUUCUUUGGGAUAUGGCACAUUCUGAACGUCUUAGUCGUCCAAUGUUGGAUCAUAUACUAUAUUAUCAUUUACGUAUAUUUAGUGAAGGUCGUUCACCGUAUGAUGUUCUUAAACGUGAUUAUUGUCUUAAAUGUAUGUCAGAUUUGCAGCGUAAACAAGGUUGGCUUGUGCCCGCUAUAAAACAUUUAUAUGAUUUAUUACAUCACGAUUCGACGAAUACAUUUAAACGCACCGAUGAAGAUCUUAUAUCAUUAUUGGUCCAUAAACAUGAUCUAAUAUCAGCAUUAAUUCAAAGUUUAUCAACAUGUCAAUCAGAUGUUUGGAAUAAAACUCUUGGACAUGUAACAAUUGAUACAUUAGUUGAUGGUCGUUAUACACAUGAAGAGUCAAUUAAAACUCAUUUAGAUUUAUUAUCAUUUUUAUUGAAAAAAGGAAAUCUUUAUCUCAUAUUGAAACGUAGCGAAGAAUUAUGGGAUACAUUAAUAACAAAUGAACAUGUUGGUUCAUUCGAUCAUGAACUUGGUUUCAACUGGUUUAUAACAUGUUCAGAAGAUCUUAAUCGUGAAUCACAAAUAGCUCUAUUUGAAAAACGCGUAUCAAAGUUGAAUCCAAUUCAGUUAACAUCGAAAGGUUAUACAUGUUUUAAAUUAUAUUUUGAACGAUGUAAUUCAGAACGAAGCAAUCAAUCGAGAACAUCUAAUUACAAUUCAAAUACGUCCACAUCAAGCUAUAACGAAAUGUUAGAAUAUCAUGGUGUCGAUGAAUUAUGGAAUAUAAUCUUAUGUGUUGGCGAUGAUGACAUUGCUGAUGAUGCUACUCGUUUUCUACUUGAUCUAUAUUAUUUAAAACAACCAAAUCGUACACGUCGUUUAACACCUCAAUUAUUACAUGAAUAUUUUCUUAAAGAAGUAUAUCAACGUCUAGGUAAUUUACUAAGUACAGCUAUGCCACCAUCAACAUCGUCGACGAAAGAACCUGAACAAUUUUAUGAAUGUUUAAAGACCUAUGGUAAACAGUUAUCAACAACAUCUCAUACUUCAACAAUACCAACAACAGAAAUAGCUCAUACGUUAUGGUUACAGAAAAUUGAACGUCUUUUAAUGAUAAUAGAAGAAUAUAUACAUAUGGUUGAACAUGAAAAUUCACCAACAGCACAUAUAACACUAUUUCAUGGUUUAGAAUAUCAAAUUAGAACUAUUCUUGGUGAAAUAGGUAAAACAAAUUCUUUGUAUGACAUCGUAACCGUUCAUUCAAAUGAUACACUUGAAAUGUUACGUAUUUGUCUUGGACAAUUUUAUAAAGUUCCAUCACAUGAUAUACAUAUAUCAAUACAAAAUACUCGUCCGUUACCACAAUCCUAUGAUCAUACAGGCAUAAAUAAUAUUACAAUUCCAUUAUCAUCUUCGUUGAAUAAUCAAUCAAACAACACUAGUGUUCUUGGUUCAUCAUUAAAUACAAAAUAUCUCUACCAACUUCAUAUAACAUCGGGCACAACAAUUUAUAUAAAAAUCUUAGGUGGUUCAUUUAAUCAACCAGUAAAAUCAGUCAAUAGUGAACCAAUGCGUAUUAGAUUGAAUAGUGCAUCUAUAUUACCAACAAUAUCACGUAAUAAUAAUAAUAAUAAUAGUAAUAGUAUGAAUACAAAUGAUGAUAUAACACGUUUAUCACCAUCAAAUAUGUUAGCAGAAAAUUCAAAAAUCUAUGAUAUACUCUAUAAAUUAUCCUAUUUAAAUAAUAAAAAUAUUCAUAAACGUAUAAGAAAUCUUCUUUAUUUAAUGCCAUCGGAUAUACGUGUACAUGAUUAUCUCGAUUUAAUAUCUAUACGAGCAGCAAAUGCAUGUACAGGUGAACGACGACAAUCAACAGAGAGUUCUAAUAAUAAUUCAAUAAACCCUCAACAAGCUAUUGGACAUGUAUUUGAUAUCAAUAAUUAUAGUCUAAUACAGUUGUUAUAUAAUCUUGAAAUUUUAUCAAGUAAAGUUUUACCUUUAUCAACGAACAAUGGUAUACAACAAAGUUCAAAAUUAUUUCGACAAGAUUUCAUUGAACAAUCUGGUAUUAAAUUUUUGUUUCAAUUACUUAAUUCAUUGAAUGAUUUCAUUCACGAUGAUUAUCAAUAUUCAUUAUAUCAGGAAAUGACAAGACUUAUUUUACAACUUAUACAAUUACUUAUUUGUGGUAAUAAUCAACAAGAUGAAUUAACAUCGUCGGUAAUGUCGACGAAAAUUUCACCACCAUCAUCACCAUUAUUGCAAAUGGCACAAUUAGCCGAUGAUAGUAUGAGUGAUACAAUUGAUUUAGAUAUACAAGCGACUGUUGAACAUUUACAAUUUGAAGAAUUUGUUGAACAAAUAAAACAAUUAAUUUUUCUAUGUUGGGCUGCUGCAGCUGGAAAUAUAAAAUUACAUGGUCAAAAUUUAACAAUAGCAGAACAAGUUAGACUAGAUCGUUAUACAUUAUUACAGCAAAUUAAUGCUAAUGUAUUCAAUCGAAAUAAUAGUCGAAGUUCUCUAUCGAAUGAAUCAUCUAUGAACAAUGAUACACAAAAAACUGUACAUUUUGGUAUCUGUGUGAAAAAAGAGUCGAUUUCACCGUUAGAUAGUGAAAUAGCAGAAAAAGUAAUUGAAAUUAUUACAUUUUGCUUUGAAAAACGACCAGAAUUUAUUGCUACUUUUCUUGUUCAACCAUUUUUUGCUGAUUUCCUAUUGGAAAUUUUAAUUGGUACAACAUCUCGUGAAGUUCGUCAAUGUACAUUACGUAAUGUAAAUCGUCUAUGUAAAAUCGAAAUAUCAACAUGUGAUAUACGUUUGAUCAUUCAUCAAAUUUUAAUCAAAGCUCGAUUACCUUUAUGGUCAUCGUCAGGUGCUGGUACACGCAGUUCAAAUCAAAAAUUACUUGCACAAUCCAUUGAAUACUUUGAUUUACGUUGUCAAUUAAUGGAAAAUUUAACAAAAGAAAAACAGGAUAUGCUUGGUAUUGAAGCAAGAGAAUUACUAUCCGGUGAAUUUUCAUGGUUAUCUACGUAUACUAUAUCGUCGAUAGCAAAUGGAUUGCGUAGCAUUGAUAAUAUUCUAUUUAUUGGUCAUUUAAAAUUUAUUCGUACAUUAUUAACAUGUGAAAAUAUAAAUAAGAAUAAAAUUGGACGAGAAUUAAUUCGUUUACUUGUUGAUCAAUUUUUAUUUCCAGCAUCAAAACAUAUGUCAUUACCAAUCGAAUCAGCCAACAAUGAAAUUGAUUCGAAUGAUGAUUCUGCAUUUGAACCAAAAUGUUCAACAAGCGAAAGUCGACUUGCAGCAUAUGAUGUACUUGUAGAAUUAGUUCGACAUAGUCAAAUCAAUUUAAAAAUCGUUGUUGAUGAUCUUAUUAAUCUUCAUCAUAGACCUAUACUUGAAAAACAAAGCGAAUGGGAAUUUAUGCCACAAGUUAGUCCUCGUGCAUCAUGCGGAUUAGUUGGUCUUUAUAAUGGCGGUGCAACUUGUUAUAUGAAUUCUAUUCUUCAACAAUUAUAUAUGUUACAUCAAAUAUCGGAAUACAUUUUAAGUGUAAAUGAUGAUGGUGAAAAUAUGAAUGGAGAAAAUAAAAAUAGCGAUUCAAGUUUAUUUUAUCAAAUUCAACAAGUAUUUGGUCAUUUAAUGGCAAGUAAAAUGCAAUAUUAUUCACCUGAAUCUCUAUGGAAAGUAUUUCGCUUAUGGGGUCAAGAAAUAAAUGUACGCGAACAACAAGAUGCAUUUGAUUUUUUUACAGCUCUAACCGAUCAAAUUGAUGAAUAUUUAAAAAGUAUAAAACAAGAAGAAAUUUUUCAUAAACAAUUUGAAGGCAUUUUUUGUAAUCAAAUGAUAUGUACAAAUGGUUGUAAUCAUCGUUAUGAGGGUGAAGAAAAAUUUAUGGCAUUAAAUGUUGCUGUUAAAGUUGAAUCACUUAAUGAAUCAUUAAAUCAAUUUGUUAAAGGUGAAGUUCUCGAUGGCAAUAAUGCUUAUUUCUGUGCUAAAUGUCAAGAAAAACGAACAACAAUUAAACGUCUAUGCAUUAAAAAACUACCUCCUUUACUAUGUAUACAAAUGAAGCGUUUCGGUUUCGAUUGGGAGAAUAAUCGUGCAUUAAAAUUUGAUGACUAUUUUAAAUUUCCUUUCAUACUCAAUAUGGAACCAUACACAAUAGAAGGUGUUAAUAAACGUGAAAGUUUUCUUGAGCACGAUGACUUAGUUACGAAUGCAAAUGGACAUUCAACUAAUGGCAUUUCUAUUAGUUCGCCAUCAACAACAAUAGGUAACAGUAAAUCAUUACAACGUACACCUUCAUCAUUAGCUCAUGCUUCCAAUCCAAUGCCAACAAUCAAUUAUGAACUAAUCGGUAUUGUUAUCCAUUCUGGUCAAGCCAAUGCCGGUCAUUAUUAUUCAUAUAUAAAAGAUACUCGAUGUCGUUAUUCAAAUAAUAAUAAUCAAUGGUAUCGUUUUAAUGAUACAACCGUUGAAGAAAUUCAAUUGACAGAACAAAUGCUCGAAGAAGAAUGUUUUGGUGGAACAUUUCGUGUUCAAAAAGAUACUAAUAAUAAUAGUUCAAGUGAAGAACGCAUUCGUUUUUGGAAUGCAUACAUGCUCAUUUAUCAAUGUAUCGAGCCAACUAAACUACUUCCACCACCAGCCAUACCCUCUUCCCCAAAUACAAACCGUUUAGCAAGUCGUGCUAAUCGCUUGCAACGUCCAAACCAACGUGAUUCAUUAUCACAAUUAACCGAUUUAGUUGUUCAAAGUGAACAUAAUGAUUUAUUUAAAAUAAAAAAACCUUUAAUAUCAUCAAGCGUUUUAGCUUGUGUUAAAGAUGAAAAUUUAGAAUUUUUAAAAAAUCGUGAUACAUAUUGUGAUGAUUACUUUCAAUUUAUAUAUAAAUUAGCCAGUACAUGUUUGGAUGACAGUAUUUCAUUCAAUGAUAUCGAGCCUAAUAACAUCUCAUUAUCAUACGAAUUAUGUACAAAUUUAGCCUUGAAUUAUUUAUUUAAUACGUAUUUACGAACACAUCGUCGUUUACGCAAAGAUAAUCUACAACAAUGGGUUGAUCUAUUAGGGAAUUUAUUUUCGAAAAAUUCUCCGUCAUGUUACGUUCUUUAUCAACUGCUGUUUGAAAAAAAUGACGAUAUUCUAAAAUUAUAUUUACUUGAGUGUCCAAUUGAUGAUAUUCGACAAAUAUUUAAACAGAUCUGUGAGUGUGUUUUAGAAUCAAGUUAUAAAUAUAGUAUUAAAAAAUACAUUGACAUAUUUAUUGAACAAUUAAUUAUUCUAUUAGACAAAUCUGUUGUUGAACAAGUUAAACAUUCGCAAGCUUACUUUCAAUUAAUUUACACAUAUGCAAACAUGAAUAAAAUAUCGAUCGAAUAUUUAUUAAAGUUAAAUACAUUCAUACGUCUAAUGAAUUUCCUAUUAGGAGAAAAUAUCGAUAAUAGACGAUGGCAUUGUGGACAAGCUAAAGAAUUUGGUAUUAUACAUGAAAUUAUUUCAAUUUUAGCUUUAUUUUGUUAUUCAUCGGAUGAUAAUAGUCGAAAAAAACAUGAUGAAAUCAUUCCACAAAUGGAAACUUAUUUUUCUGGACCAUGGUCAAAUAGAUAUUUAAAAGAGAUAUGUUAUGCGUUUCAAGAAGUAUCAUCAGCUAAAUUAACACAUACUUUGGAAUUAAUGGAAAUAUUGUCAACGAAUAAUGAAAAAUUUUCUGAACAAUUAAUAAGAAUUAUUUUACAAUCGAUUGUACAAGCUCAUACUAAUGAUUUAAAAUCAUUAUUUAAAUUAUUAAGUCGCAUUUUGUCAAUUGAAGAUGCAUUUCAAAGAAAACGUCUUCAAUUAGCAUUUGAAGGUGUUAAUGAAUCUUCUAGUACUGACAAUUGUCAAACUUUUAACGGACUCUAUGCACUUAUUCGAACCAGUAUUGAAACUGAACAACGGCGAGCUUAUCAAACUGUCAAAUUUCUUACUACUCUAUCGAACCAAAAUGAUGCUUCCAAAGAUUAUUUUUCUUCAACUGCCACUCAAUGGGAAGCAGCUAUUAAUUGGCUGAAACAACAAAUGCAAACAUCAUGGCAAUGGUCACCAGCACAAAAUAUAUCCAAUGAAGAUACUGAUACACGUUCAUUUCAACGUACACGUAGCGCACAAUUUACCUUAGAACAAGCUCAAUCUCUUCUGCAACAAACAACCGUAUUAAAUAAAAAUAUUCAUCAUAAUGCAUCGACUGGUGAAUGUAUGGAACUCAAUGAUAGUCAUAAUCAACCAUCAUCAUCAUCAUCGUCAUCAUCACAAUCAACAUUGGUCGGAACUGAUUAA